AUGAAAACCCGACCUGAAAAAUGCAUUCUACUUCAAACAUUUCUCAUUUUAUUUAUCAAAAGUGCAACUAUUAUGAUUAUUAUUGGUUUAAGAUUGGAUUGGGAUAUGAUAAAUGUUUAUUAUGUUGUGAUUGACACAUUAACAACACCAUUCAUCAUUCAAAUAUCAUAUUUAUUUUGCAAUAAAUCGAAUUUGGAAACAAUUCGGAAUAUUUUAAAGUGUAGAAGAUUUCGUAGAAUUGGAGUUGUUUAUCAAGAAAAUGCUAUUGAAUCAACGCGGAAUGUCUAG